UUCGGGUGCGGAAACUUUUCGGAAGCCCCUGGAAACAAGUGUACCCCAUGCCUCUUCUCGGAAGCGAAACCAAGAUGGCGGUUGGCGAGUCAUCAUAAAGAUGAUCAUUUGUAUCUUUUUAAUAAUUAUUUUAAGUUAAAUAUUAACGAAGUGCACUUUCGUGCGUGUGCAAAAUGAGGACAAGGUUGCAGUGUCAUCUGCGGCAACUUGCUCGGGGCAUGGCACUUUUUCGUAGUUCUGGAUACAUUGGAGGAAAAUGGAAAGACUGCGAUGCAAAAUUUUCAGUUUACAAUCCAGCAACAGGCCAAGAGCUUGGCAGGGUAGCUGAUAUGGGAAGGACUGAUGCUGAAGAGGCUGUAAAUCAGGCUUAUGAUGCAUUCAAAGUGUGGAAGAAUGUAACCACGAAGGAACGAAGCCAGAAGUUAAGAAACUGGUAUAAUCUCAUUGUGCAACAUGAAGGAGAACUGGCUGAGUUACUCACCACAGAACAAGGGAAACCAUUGUUUGAAGCUAAAGGUGAAAUUAGGUAUGCCACAUCCUAUGUUGAAUGGUUCGCUGAGGAAGCUAAGAGGAUCUACGGAGACAUCAUUCCUUCACCACACCCCUCGCGAAGACUGUUUUCUCUCAAACAACCUGUUGGUGUCGCUGCUCUAUGGACACCGUGGAAUUUCCCUGUUGCGAUGAUCACACGUAAGGCGGCAGCUGCACUGGCCGCUGGAUGUACAGUGAUAAUUAAACCAUCAGAAGAGACCCCUUACUGCGCUUUGGCCCUUCAGAAGCUAGCCGAAGAUGCAGGCUUUCCCCCAGGUGUCAUUAACACUAUUCCUUGUUCCCGUGACAAUGUGGAUCAAGUGACAGACGCUCUUCUUGGAAAUGAUCUCGUGGCCAAAAUGUCAUUCACUGGCUCCACUGCUACAGGAAAGCUUCUCCUUGCAAAGUGUGUUGAUCCAAUCAAGAGAGUCUCCCUAGAGCUGGGUGGAAAUGCUCCAUUUAUUGUGUUUAACUCUGCCAAUAUUGAUGCCGCUGUGGAGGGAGCGAUCACUGCCAAGUUUAGGCACACUGCUCAGACCUGCAUCUGUGCCAAUCGAAUUCUGGUUCAAGACAAAAUUUAUGAUGAGUUUGCUACCAAGUUUGCUGCAGCUGUGGACAAACAAAUGAAAGUGGGAAAUGGAAUGGAGUCAUCAUCUACACAAGGACCACUCAUCAAUGAAAAAGCUGUGCAAAAAGUUGAAAGCCAUGUUAAGGAUGCUCUGUCCAAAGGUGCCAAAUGCCUGCGAGGUGGCCAACGGCAUGAGCUGGGAGGUAACUUCUUUCAGCCAACCAUUCUGACCGAUGUUACGCGUGACAUGAUCAUUUGUAGUCAAGAAACCUUUGGACCAGUGGCUCCCCUUAUAAGGUUCAAGACUGAAGAAGAAGCUGUAGCAGUAGGUAAUGACACUUCAUCAGGACUCGCAGGUUAUUUUUUCUCGCAGGAUAUGAGCCAAAUCUGGCGCGUCGCUGAAGCUAUGGAAGUAGGGAUGGUAGGAGUAAAUGAAGGAAUAAUCUCCUCCGAGAUUGCACCCUUUGGUGGCUGGAAACAAUCUGGGUUGGGAAGAGAGGGCUCUAAAUAUGGCAUCGAGGAGUACCUUGAAAUCAAGUACAUCUGUCUUGGAGGAAUCAAUCAAUCAUAAAAAAAGAUUUUUUGGCUGGUUAAGGGCCUUGAAAGAAUAGCAAGUUACGCCUCGUCAACACUUCGCUGGAGAAAUUUAGGCCAAACCGUAGACCAAACCAAAUUUAGACCAAACACUUAGCAUCAUUCUCUUCCCCACAGCCUCCAUUUCUUUUGGUCACGUGGUAACGACAUUUUAAAAAGAGUAGCACUGGGGACCAGAAUUCGAUAACAUCAGCGUGUAUUGUGUGGAGAAACGUUAUCGAGGUCUUGUGGUUGAGGACUCAUCUUAGUGGCCUACAACUAGCUGUUUAGUCUGUGGAGGAACUUUUAAAAAUGUUGCCACAGAACACUUUGUUUGACCUCGGUGAACUCCUCGUCGCUUCAAAAUUCAAAACAUCAAUUCUUUCCACUUUUUGCUAGACAUGUUUUAAUUUCCUGGUAACGAGAUUUCAUUAUUACUAUCGCUUGUCUGUUCAAAAAUCUGUCUUUCACGACGUUAGAAUCGGAAUUAGGCCAAUCAUCAAGUUACGCAAGUUCGAGAUUGUUUCACUUCCCUUUAAAAAUCUGGAAAAAUUCGGGACUACUACGGAAUUUAGAGAUAAAUACAACGUACAAAGCUAUUUCAAAGAGAGCUUAUAUCAUGAAAUAAUUAGAUUUAGAAUUCAAUGACUGUAGUAGAAUAGAAUAUAGGUAGAAUAUUGAAAUAAAUGAAACCAAAAACACAGUUGGUCGCAAA